AUGCUACCCACAGCAAUCCUUCGCAACCAGCUCUUUGGCGGGGUUCGCCUUCCAUGUUCUUUCUACCGCGGCGGGACAUCCAAAGGGCUCAUUUUCUCGACUUCGUCCCUGGCGUCCUUCGAUCAUGCAACACGCGACCGCAUCAUCUGUCGAGCUAUGGGCUCACCCGAUCCCGAUAAGCGUCAGAUCGACGGUCUAGGUGGAGGCAUCAGCUCGCUGUCCAAGACUGCCAUCGUGGGACCCCCCGAUUCCGCUUUAGCAGCAAAGCUUCGAGGCUCCAGGAUCAGCUUCAAGGACGGCGUCGAGUAUGCGGAUGAUGAGAGGCUUGCAUCGAGCUCCGAAAGCGGAUGGGAUCUGGUGUAUAGGUUUGGACAGGUACCAGUGGAAGAGGGAACAGGGAUCGAUUGGACAAGCACCUGCGGCAACUUGGUUUCCGCCGUUGCGCUCUUUGGGCUACACCAAGGACAUUUCAAGCAAGAUCGAAUUCAUCAAGUGUUUGAAGAGCUGCAGGGGAGCAAGGCAAAGGCUGGUGCCAAAUUUGCCUUUCCAGUUCGACUCCUAGUGACGUGCUCAGGUCAGAUCGUUCGAGCAAAUGUCCCUGUCACGCUCUACUCCACCCAAAACGCUGGCCAAUGGUAUCCAGAUCUUGAGGGAGACCACUCGAUCUCUGGUGUACCAGGCACCGCACCAGGUAUUCUCAUCGAAACGCCCCUCGACACAUCAUCCCUUCUCCCCACCGGAAACCAACUCGACACCGUUACCGUCGAAAACAAACCCUACCCCGUGACGAUCAUCAACGCUGGUCUCCCCACGAUCUUUGUCUCCUCUUCUUCCCUCUCAUCGGUCCUUGACCCUGCGCAACUUUCUUCACUUUCACCCUCCGACUUGGACUCCAACAUCGCGCUCAUGACGCUUCUUGACAAGCUUCGAGUGGCGUCUGCUGCACUCACACCCUUCCUGCAAAAGACACUCAGCCCAUCGGCACCCAAGAUCUGCAUCGUCCAUCCCACUCCUGCGUCCGGAUACUGCACCACUGGAGGAACACAAGUCGAUUCUCAGCAGAUGGACUUGCUGAUUCGAGCGGUAAGCGUAGGAAACCUGCAUCGGACAGUGCCCGCAACGUGUUUAUCCGCUUUGGCGGCGGGAAGAGCGUUCCCCGAGUCGAUGAUUGAACAAGCCGUACGGGCAGGACGAUCGAUUAAGGAAGAGAAAGGCGAAGGGCAGAUUCUGUCGAUACGCGUUGGUCAACCAGCUGGAGUCUCGGAGGCGAGUGUCAAAGUUCGUCCGGCUACAGACAGUGAGCUCGAGAAAGGGGUGGAACAGGUCCCGGAGUCCAUUGUGUAUUACAGGACUGCGAGAAGAAUUAUUGAAGGGUUUGUGGAUGUACCCCAUUCGAUGAUCUCAACUUAG